AAACAAUUUAAACUGAAACUUUUAAGUCGCUCCGAAUUGUAUUUACAAAAAUAAUGUCACAUAGAUUAACAUUAGCUGAUAACAACAAUUCUGAAAAGGUAGUCCGCCCUUCGGCCGUUUCAUAUGCAACGCGCCAUGAAGAACGUCCAACUAGACUGCACGAACGACUGCGCCGUGCAGACAUCGAAAAAUUGUACAACGUUUUUCUUGAUCAUCCCAAACAAGAACUCAAUAACAAAGAACUUCGGGCGACCCUGAAAGCAUUAAACCUAACAUUUACUGAUGAUGAGUUCAAUCGGUUAUUUUUGAUAAUCAACCAAAACAAGUACUACACAAUCGAAUGGGAUGAAUUUGUGACACAUUUGAUUCAUGGCUUUCAGGACGAUGAAUCGCAUGGUGAAAAAGAAACAUUGAUUCUGCCUAUUUCUGGAGUUCCAUUGAUUAAGAAAUCGGAACAUCGAACCCCUAUUGUGUCCAUAAGUCAUAUGAAGAGUUUUGAGAAGGGAGAUGAAGAAUCAGAAUCUAAUGGUUUGUAUCUUUCGGCAAGUAAAGAAGGCACCGUUAGGUUUUGGUCCACUGACCUUGAUCCCGUUCGCCGUGGAUUAUCAGAUAGCUACUUCCUUAAAAUGACCACUUGGGUCUUGGCAAUUCAAGCUCUAUCGGAUGUGUCCAUAAUUUGCACCUCUUCUACUGAACGGGAGCUACGUUUCCAUGAGACUAUGGCUUCGAAUUUUAAUCUGCGAAUUGUAAUUCGUAGUAUGCCUUUUGCAGUCUACUGCAUGGCCUAUAGAUCUGACAGAAACGGGUCAGCAAUGUCGAAGCUUGUCCUUGGUGAUUCUAGUGGUAAUGUCAGGGUGCUGGAGUUUUCACCACAUCUGCGAGGUCCUUUUCAGAGCAAACCUGGAGCAUCACUUGUCGAACUUUAUUGGUCAGAUGUGCUUCGUGGAAAAUAUCCGUUGUUUAAACCCAAAGAAUUUCUCAACCUUCACACGGAGCUGAUACAAAAACUGUACUUCUCUUUUGAAUUGAAUAUCCUCUUAGCGGCAGCAGAGUACAGAAACACAAAGAAAUAUAGGGUACGGUGUCCAGGAACCAUUGCAGUCAAAUGGAAUGACUGGAAGCAAACUUAUUUCCGAGUACCGUUGGGAGUAUCAGCGUUUUAUCUCGAUGAGACUAAUAGGAUUAUAGCAACUGGUGGCCCGGAUUCAUACCUUCGCCUCUGGAACACCUACAUUCCUUCGAAGCCAACGGCGAUUCUAGCAGGUCAUCAUGGAGGGAUAAUUUUCAUUUUCAUCCAACCAGCUGAGAAAAAAAUCUACAGCGUCGACUAUACGAAGAUAAUCAACGUCUGGCAUCUUGAGGAUCAUAAUCUUCUGCAGACCUUCAGUGAUCUUAAUCAGAUGAUACCAAAAACCGAAACAGAAAUCGCUUACUACUACGACAAACAUUCUCGGAAAUUGCUUGUUGGAGGCCGGAAGCUCAUAAUGAUCAAGUGUUGUCCCCGCAUUCGAAUGGAUCUAACUGAUGGAAGUUCCCAUGCGGACACAGUAUCAGUGAUUCUUUACAAUAAGCUCUUCAGGAAUAUUGUAACUUGCGGCCUAGAUAGCUAUAUUAUAGUUUGGGAUCCGUGGACCGGGCGCAGGCAGAUCAUAAUCAAAAAUUGCCACACCCAAAUGAUUUACGGUGAACGGAUAGAUAUCCCAAUAACCGCUGCUUGUUUCGAUCCACUGGAGCAGUAUUUGCUCACUGGAGCUCGAGAUGGCUCCAUGAAAGUUUGGAAUUACAACAAUGCCAGGUGUGUGCGAAAUAUGAGCAUAACUCCUGGCCUUGAGAUCACAGCAGUGGCGUGGAUAGUUGAUCGAAUAUUUGCCGUCGGCUGGGAUAAAUACGUCACCGAAUUCGCUGAUGUUGAGGGCAAGGAGCAGACUGAAUCAAAGAAGUGGCUCAAGUUCCAUGGCGAUGAUAUAACUUGUGCCGAAGUUAAGCUAAAUGAGGGCAUGGUGACAGGAACUUAUUCGGGGGAGAUCAUUUUUUGGAAAUUAGAAACUGGCCAACCCUAUAGGCGCUACAAUGUUCAGAAACCAAAGGAAUUUGUUGAGCUCAUCUAUAGAAAAAAGGAAGACGUUAAAGAUGAUAAAAUCGAUGAACUCUCACAAGUGCGAUUAUCUCGUCUCAUCCGUAAGUCGAUAUCAUUGCAGACUAGAAAAACUUUUCAAGGUGAAGACUUUGAUCUGGACGAUUUGAGCCAGACGACAAAGAGCACCUUAAAACUUUCGGUGCAAGCCUUAUUGUUUCUACAAUCAAGACCAAUGAGUACAGUUCAUGGAAGUCUUUUAGUGGCCUUAGACAGUGGGACAAUCCAAGUUUACUCACAUCAUCAAGGAGGAGGUUACAUGAAUGAAUUCAAUGCGGUUCAUAAAUCUGGAGAUUGUAUUCUGGCAAUGGAAACUGAUAAAAGAAAUCGUUACUUAUUCACCGGAAGUGCUUUUGGAUAUAUAAAAGCUUGGCUUAUUCAAAAUUAUUGUAUUCCCGAAGAGGAAAAGACUUACGUUAGCAUGCCAAAACUGCGAUUGAAGUUCAUAUUUUUGCGCAAGGAACGAUUUGCUCCGCGACCCAAGAGGAUAGUUCGCUAUCAACCAGAACCGAUGCUUGUCAAUUCGUACAAGGCACACGUAAGAGCUAUAACGUCUCUCGUUUAUGUAAAUCAACCGCGGAUUCUCCUAUCAGGAAGUCAUGACUUUUCGUGUAGAUUGUGGUCUUUGGGAGGACGAUAUCUUGGGACACUAGGAACUCCAUUACCUUGGUUGCGAUUGUCACCUGAGGAUCCAGUCGAUGAGGAUAAAACAUAUCGCCUGCCUCCGGAUAUCCAAAGAGUUGCAAGUUCCACUACCCUCAAGGUUCUAAGUGGUGAAUACGUGGACUGCAUAAAGAACUAUCAAGAAACUACAAAAAUGGAAUUGAAAUAUAAUGAGAAACCCGAUGAUGCUAAGGAACAAAUGUAUGGAAAAUCAUUGCGGCAUCCGAUUUUGGGAAAUCAUUUCAAAUUGCUUGGAAAAGCAUCGGUGGUUCAACAACCAGUUUUGGAUACAUCAUUGUCCUAUAUUCCGGUGUAUUCACAUUUGCAAAUUCAUGAUACCAAACUCAUCGAGAGGCCUCCUACUCCGGAAAUAUUAAAAAAGACAAAGGACCUACAAUUUAUGGAUUGUUUUGAAAAAGAUAAGAAGUUUUGAAAGUAGGGUGCAUACAAAAUAUUAAGUAUACGCCAGAGCAACCGAAACUUGUUUUUCGGAUAAAGGACAAUUUAUAUUUUUAAAAUGUUUACUUAUCAAUUUGUAUAUUUAAUAUUUUUGAAUAUAGAGAAAUUUUAAUGUUUUAACGUACAUAACACUUGUUCGAUGGAGUUUGAAAAAUAUUUUCAGUAAAAUGAAGUGAGUCACUCGCUUUUGUAGAAUUUUAAGUUCUUUGAAAAAAGCUAAAUUUAACGUUAGUGUAAGUACUUUUAUAAGUACGGUGAUAUUUCUAUUUGUAUUUUAAAUAAAUUGACCCAUAGACUAAUAAUAAAGGUGGGAUAUGCUUAAACUUUAAAUUGUACGUUUAAGUACUUAAAUGUUAACAUUUAAAUUUUAAUUUUAACAUUUAAAAAAUAGCGUAAAAGAAAGAACGAUUUGAAUAAAUUCCAAAUUUAGAAUCCUUAUGUUUUGCAUUUA